AUGAAUACUCGAGUACUGGGAGUGCUGGCGCUGUUUGCGUGUGCUUGCAUGUGCAUUGCGCCCAAGGACAUAGACCAUGUCGCUGCAUAUAUAGUCACUUUGCAGAAGGCAGGAUACUCUACAAUAUUUUCGCUGUUCGAUGUGGGCAGAGGCGCAAAGAAGCAGGACCUUGCAAAGAAGCACGCGCAGCUUAUAAAGGCCUGCUACAUAUCAAAAACAAAGAAGAAGGAAAUGCCGAUCGGGCAGGGGCUCUCGGAAAACGAGGCCAAAACCAUCAUAGUGAACGGGUACCAGAUACUGACCCAGCCAAAUCUAAGAGCGGCGUACAACUGGAUUCUUGACGAGGCGCCCCCGCACUUCAUGGAGAAUUACACAGCCAGGGCAGGAAGAAAGGGCGGAGCACACGUGUCCAUGCCUUCCGGCUUUUCGCUGCUGCUGACCUUUGUGCUUUGCUUCGUUGUUUUCGACGCGCUUAGAGUGUGCAUGCCUGUGGGCCCUGGAAAGGGCGCUGAAAAAACCAAGAAGAGCGGAAAGAAAAACAAGGCCCAGGAGCCGCGCAAGGUUAUUCAGCUAGGCGACAUGUAUCUGUGCAGGGCAUUCCGGGCCGUAUCCGGGCAGCUUAGAAACCUCAGAGCCCCGGAAAGCCAAAAGCCUGUGGCCACGCCGGAGCACAUAGAAAAGUAA